CUUCCUGUCUCCGUUCAUUCAGUGAAGAUGGCGAGCGGAGGGGUGGCUGUAGCUUCGCUGUGGACUGAAGUCAACCGCUGUGGACAGAACGGAGACUUUACAAGGGCCCUUAAGGCUUUAAGUAAAAUAUUACAGGAGAACAAGGAGGAUGUGACUGCUCUUCACUGUAAAAUAGUUUGCCAUGUUCAAAAUGGCAGCUUUAAAGAGGCUCUAAAUGUCAUGAACACCCAUUCAAAAGUUCUUGGCAACGCGGUUCUGUUUGAGAAGGCCUACUGUGAAUAUCGGCUGAACAGAGUGGAGAGUUCUCUAAAGACCAUUGAAAAUGCCCCUGAACAGACUGACAAACUGAAGGAGCUGUAUGGACAAGUGUUGUACAGACUUGAGCGCUAUGAUGAAUGCAAGGCUGUCUACACCGAUCUGAUUAGAAACUCCCAGGAUGAGUAUGAGGAGGAGAGGAAGACAAACCUGGCUGCUGUGGUGGCUGCUAUGAGCCAGUGGGAGAAGGCCCCUGUGGAAGACCUAGGUCUUCCAGAGACGACAUAUGAGUUGUGUUACAAUGCUGCCUGUUCAUUAAUUGGCCAAGGUCUGCUCACCGAGGCUUUUAAUAAACUUCGCGAAGCAGAAGAGCUUUGCCGGAUUUCACUGGCAGAGGAUUCUGAUGUGACUGAAGAGGAUAUUGAGUCAGAACUUGCUGUCAUCCAUUCUCAAAUGGCUUAUGUCAUGCAGUUACAAGGCAGAACAGAUGAAGCGCUCCAGCUCUACAACCAAGUCAUUAAGCUCAAGCCGUCAGAUGUUGGGCUACUAGCUGUAACCGCCAACAAUAUCAUCACAAUAAAUAAGGACCAAAAUGUGUUUGACUCGAAGAAAAAAGUGAAGCUGACUAAUGCUGAGGGUGUAGAGUACAAACUGGCAAAGAAGCAGCUGCAGGCCAUAGAGUUCAACAAAGCUCUCUUGGCCAUGUACACAAAUCAGGCUGACCAGUGUCAAAAAUUGUCCUCUAACCUUCAAUCUCAAAAUCCGGGUCAUCCUCGACCAGUCCUCAUUCAGGUUGCUCAGCUUUGCAGGGAGAAACAGCAUGGCAAGGGUAUUGAGCUGCUCCAGCAAUUUUCAGAACAACACCCAGAAAGUGCAUCUGGCAUAAAAUUAACCAUGGCACAACUUUACUUGGUACAAGGACAUGUAACAAAAGCGUGUGAUGUUCUAAGGUCAAUUGAAGAGUUAAAGCACAAACCAGGAAUAGUAUCAGCGCUGGUGACACUGUAUUCCAAUGAAGAGGACAUUGACAGUGCUAUAGAUGUUUUCAAACAAUCUAUUGAGCACUACCAGUCUACUCUGCCAGGAUCUGCGGUACACUUGGCUCUUGUGCGGGAAGCUGCCAAUUUCAAACUUAAAUAUGGACGGAAAAAAGAAGCUAUUAGUGACUUAGAGCAGUUGUGGAAACAAAACCCCAAGGAUGUUCACACACUUGCACAACUGAUCUCUGCAUAUUCUUUAGUGGAUACAAACAAAGCCAAGUCCCUCAGCAAGCACCUCCCAUCUGCAGACACCAUGUCCUUUAAUGUGGAUGUUGAUGAGCUGGAGAGCUCCCACGGUGCCACAUAUGUCAGGAAAAAAGCUGCUAAGGUUGCAGGAGAAAACCUUCCAAAGGAACAAGGUCAAGAGGAUGUCAAAAAGAAAAAAAAGAAAAAGAAAGGUAAACUUCCGAAGAACUAUGACCCCAAAGCAACGCCAGAUCCUGAGAGAUGGCUGCCGAUGAAAGAGCGCUCCUACUACAGAGGCAAGAAGAAGGGCAAAAAGAAGGAGCAAAUUGGCAAAGGCACACAAGGAGCAACAGCUGGAGCAUCUGCUGAACUGGAUGCCAGUAAGACAGCCAGUAGUCCUCCUACAUCACCCAGACCAGGAUCUGCAUCUGGAACAUCUUCAGCUGCUGCUAGUAAUGUAGUCCCUCCUCGACAGCAGAAACCGGCAGCGUCAGGGGCCACCCGCAAAAAGGCACCGUUGAAGAAAAAGAAGGGAGGAAAAGGAGGCUGGUAGUUCUACAGUUAAUAGAAAAAUCGCAAACAGAUUUUUAAAAAUAUCUUUUGUUUAUGGUCAUUAAAUAUCAGAACACCUUAUGUUUUGUAUAAAGGGCUCUGGUAAAGAUUUGUCAGACCAGGAAAGGCUAACACAUUUGAGAAUAUUGAUUUGGAUCUUUAUUUUUAUUCUGUCUUGUAUCUGUCUUGUAUCCCACACACUGACAAGGAACCUACAAUCAAGUCUGAAAUCACUGCAGUACUGCUCUCUGCUCAUUUGUUUAUCUGAUUUAGACUUUUUUUUAGGUCAUGGUAAAGUCUGUCCUGUGUUGUAGGAAUCGAUCAAGAAAACCAAUAGGCUACAUUAAAUUAAGUGAGACUUUUUAUUAUAAUCAUCUUAUUCAAAAUAACCAUGUUAUGAACUCUCUUGGUUGUUGUAAGUAAACAAGACUAUUUAAAUUAAUUCAAAGCAUGUUUUAAAAAGACUAUUUUGUCCAAAAACGUCCCUCAUUUGAUCUUAAUU